GUAACACCCCCAACGGAAGCCAUGACAUCAGUUUCACGACCGUUAGGACAGCUCUAAAUGAUAAAUUGUUUUGAGUCGUGAUUUUUGAGGGGAAUUCGAGUAUUACAUCCAAACUUCUGCCCUUUUAUCGUGGUGUUAAGUGGACAUCAGUACAUUUUGAAGGAAACUGGCACCUCCGACCUAUGGUAGCUACCUGCCUUUUCAUGUCAGCGGAGCGGGGUAAAACUCAACUAGCUAAAGCUAACUUAAGGUUAUCGCUUGUUAGCUUGUAGUAUCAUUGACUGUAAACAUCAGAAGCUGUGAGAAAAUGAUGAAGCUACAGACGAAGAUAACGGGGUUAAAAUUGAACUGCGUCACAAUGGCGCUGGGACAACUAGACAGCCAUGGCUGCCGACGGCUACCGCAGUACGGUUGUCCUGCAGACCCUGAGGAGAGAGUGUCCGAUGGCAUCUGGUUUUCAUUUCAUUCUCUGUUUGGCCAGUGGACUGUGGAUCUCAGCAAAUGGGGAAUACGCAGAUCCAGCAGAUUGCAUUAAACCCUGCCCUCCUGGUUGGACUCAUUUUGACACCCGCUGUUUCAAACUGCAGCUUACUGGGAAGAAGUGGGCUGAAGCAGAGCGUCAUUGCACUUCACUUGAUGGAAAUCUGGCUUCAGUCCGAUCUUCUGGCGAGUACAAAUUUCUCAGAGACAUGGUUCACACAGAAACUAAGGUGCAUGAAGAAACUUGGCUUGGAGGCUAUGAUGCUGCGGAGGAGGAUGUCUGGCUGUGGAGUGACGGUUCACCGUUUGAUUUUGAGCUCUGGAAAGAAGGGGAGCCUAACGACUUCUGGGGCGGAGAAGAUUGUAUGGAAAUGAACAAUAAUGGACAAAAUUACAUCAAUGAUGCAGACUGUGAUGACAAGAAGAUUUACAUCUGUGCCAGGGAUCCAUUACAUUCCGUUUUAUGAGCCAUCGUAUCUCAUCACUAGUGAUGUCUCCUAACAGGAUGUCAAGCCUCGAUGACUUUUCUGCUGGAAGAUAUUUGAAGAAAUCUGACAUCAUUUUUAAAUCAGUUACAAAACACUGUAAAAUAUUGCCUUUGAAGCAAAUUUA